ACUAAAAGCUGGUGGCUGAACACCAUGAAUCCGGCCAUGUACCCCCUUCCACUUGUUCUAAAUAAACAAAGGGGGCAGGCUUUGUCGUCCAGAACACGGCCCCAUAGUCUCAUUACGGACUGGUGCCUAAUGGGUUUGCUAGGCCUCAUUGUGCUCUUCAGCCUGGCCUCGAGCCAGAAAAUGGACCCUUCUAAAAACCCCUUAGUCACCACCAAUUACGGUAAGAUCAGAGGCAUCAAGAAGGACUUGAACAAUGAGAUCUUGGGCCCCGUAGAGCAGUACCUGGGCGUCCCCUAUGCCACGGCACCCAUCGGCGACCGCCGCUUUCAGCCGCCCGAAGCCCCGGGAUCCUGGCAGGAGAUCCGCAACGCCACCCAGUUUGCCCCCGUGUGCCCUCAGAAUGUCCACGGCGUGCUCCCGGAGAUCAUGCUGCCUGUGUGGUUCACUGACAAUCUGGACGUGGCGGCGGGUUACAUCCAGAACCAGAGCGAGGACUGCCUCUACCUCAAUGUCUACGUACCCACUGAGGAUGGUCCGCUCACAAAAAAACACGAUGAAUCUUCAAUGAACAAGCCUCGAGACGAAGAUAUCCGGGACCGCAGGAAGAAGCCGGUGAUGCUGUUCAUUCAUGGAGGCUCCUACAUGGAGGGCACCGGAAACAUGUUUGACGCCAGCGUCCUGGCCGCCUACGGCAACGUGAUUGUGGUGACCAUGAACUACCGUCUUGGUGUGCUCGGCUUUCUCAGCACAGGUGAUCAGUCCGCGAAGGGGAACUACGGCCUGCUGGACCAGAUUCAGGCCCUGCGUUGGCUCAACGAGAACAUCGGCCACUUCGGCGGGGACCCAGAUAGAAUCACCAUCUUUGGCUCCGGAGCUGGGGCGUCCUGCGUCAACCUCCUCAUCCUCUCGCACCACUCGGAGGGUCUGUUCCACAGGGCCAUAGCCCAGAGUGGAACCGCCAUCUCCAGCUGGUCCGUCAACUACCAGCCCCUCAAGUACACCAAGAUCCUGGCCCGGAAGGUGGGCUGCACCUACACAGAGACGGCCGACCUGGUGGACUGCCUCAGGCGCAAGAACUUCAGGGAACUGGUGGACCAGGACAUCCAGCCAGCCCGUUACCACAUCGCCUUUGGCCUGGUGGACGGAGACGUGGUGCCUGACGAUCCGGAGAUCCUCAUGCAGCAGGGGGAGUUCCUCAACUAUGACAUCCUUAUAGGAGUGAACCAGGGAGAGGGGCUCAAAUUUGUGGAUGACAGCGAGGACAACGAUGGCAUCUCUGCGGCAGCUUUCGACUACACCAUCUCCAACUUUGUUGACAACCUCUAUGGCUACCCCGAGGGCAAAGACAUCCUGAGGGAAACCAUUAAAUUCAUGUACACGGACUGGGCGGACAGGGACAAUGGCGACAUGCGGAGGAAGACGCUCCUAGCUCUGUUUACAGACCACCAGUGGGUGGCGCCGGCAGUGGCCACCGCUAAACUCCACGCAGAGUUCCAGUCGCCGGUUUACUUUUACACGUUCUACCACCACUGCCAGACGGAGACGCGUCCCGAGUGGGCCGACGCCGCCCACGGAGAUGAGAUACCGUACGUGUUUGGCGUUCCCAUGAUCGGUGCUACAGAUCUGUUCCCGUGCAACUUCUCCAAGAAUGAUGUGAUGUUGAGCGCUGUGGUCAUGACCUACUGGACCAACUUCGCCAAGACCGGGGACCCCAACCUGCCAGUCCCUCAGGACACCAAGUUCAUUCACACCAAACCCAAUCGCUUUGAAGAGGUCAUCUGGACCAAGUUCAACUCGAAGGACAAGCAGUACCUCCACAUUGGAUUAAAACCUCGUGUUAGAGACAACUACAGGGCCAACAAGGUGGCCUUCUGGUUGGAAUUAGUCCCCCACCUGCAUAGUCUACAUGAGGAGCUCUUCCCUACCACGACUCGCUCGCCGGCAGGCCCUGGCCAAGGCACCCACAGACCGGGCCCUCGGCCAACCCGUCACCCUUACCCUACCUUUGCCUCUGACCCGGACCUCGAGGGUUCGGAGCGUCCGCGCCAGGAGCUCUUCCCUGGAGACCCCCGGGACUACUCCACCGAGCUGAGUGUAACAGUUGCCGUUGGGGCGUCGCUCCUCUUCCUCAACAUCCUGGCAUUUGCCGCCCUUUACUACAAGCGCGACAAGCGGCACGAGAUGCGACGCCACCGGCUGUCUCCUCAACGCGGCGGUCCUGCCAACGACCUGGCUCACAGCCAAGAGGAGGAGAUCAUGUCCCUGCAGAUGAAGCACUCGGAGCACGACCCUCACCACGACAUGGAGCCACUGCGGCCCCACGACAUCCUGCGGCCCGCCUGCCCACCCGACUACACGUUGGCGCUGCGCCGCGCCCCCGACGACGUACCGCUGAUGACGCCAAACACCAUCACCAUGAUCCCCAGUACCAUCACCAGCAUGCAGCCUCUUCAUGCCUUCAACACUUUCCCCUCCACCGGCCACAACAACACCCUGCCCCACCCCCACUCCACCACCAGGGUAUAG